UUUACAAAUAACUUUCUUAUUUUUAGUAAUUUUAGGCGUAAAAGUCAAACUACAUGAUACAUAACAGGAGUAUAAUGCUGAGGAUAGACAAAGUCUAGUUUAUGAGUAAUCCUUGCAAGAAAAGAGAGUACAGUAUCACUUAAACUUGUGUCCAAUAUAGAUCUAUUUAUUUUUGAAAGUUCGAAAGUAGGUCAAUACAGAAAAUGGCGACCAAUACACAAGUUGCGAGUGUCAUUCUUUUACUUGGGGCAUUGAUAUGCGGAUUUGUUGCUAUGUCAACUGUUUAUUGGGCUGGAGAUGUUGGGUCGCAACGUGGAAAGUCAGUUGGAUUAUGGCAGGCUUGCGAAUAUGUAGAAGGAAGAACAAUGGAAUGCUUCAGGGUGCUUGGAUUGAAGUUCUAUGAAACAGAAACUGAAAAACUAGACUGGUUCAAGGCAGUACAAGGAAUCUACACAUUGAGCUUGCUAUGUCUUAUAGUCAGCUUGGUUUGCAGCUGGUCUGGGGUCUGUGUUAGGACGGCUUCAUACAGUCUUACCAGAGCAGCAAUGUUCCUCUCUCUAGCAUCAGUGGUUUUCUGCACUAUUGCUCUUAUCAUAUUUGGUGCGAGAACAUUGGAUGAGAUUCGCUUUUACAUCACCUCUGCUGGCCAACCAAUGUGGUCAUUCUACAUGGCCAUGGUCUGUGGCAUCCUACAACUAUUCGCCUUACCCUGCUUGCUAAUUACACAGAAUCAAAUCAUGGAAAAUAAUUUGGAAAAGCGAGGCCCAUUGUUGGUAUCCAGAAUGACAUUACAUACUAGAUCUAUGCAUUCCAUGAGUGGAAUCUGAUCUAGUAAUAUGAGACAUAAGUUGAUCUGAUCUUGGAUGUAUCAAAUAUUUUUAGAACAUGGACUUUUGUUUUCAUUAACUAAUCAUAUUUCAGGUUGUAUUACUGAUUUUAUAUUUUUAAAUGUACAUGUAUACAAUAUAGAAGCAGGUAUGGCAUUGUGUAUAUAUUUCAAAUGCCAUCAUUUUCCAUAUAAUGCAUUCCACUGUAUAAUAUUUUAUAGCAUGCUUUUAAUUAUAAUGACUACAUUUCUAUAUUAGUACUAUGUAAUAUGUAUGUAGCAGUAUGAACUUGUAAGGAAGUCCUGCUUUUUUCCAGAUGUUUUAGUCGAAAUGUACCAAACAAUGAAUAAGAUCUGAUAUUAUUUACUAUAAUAGUAUAACAUGGCAUAGUAGUACAAAGCAAAAUAACUCCAAAAGUGAAUCUCUAGGUCAAACCCAAUGGACAAUGGACCUGCCAACAUUUUUGAUAAACAACAUAUCAAAGUAAGAUUGUAUUGCAAAACAUGUUAUUAUUUCAUUUGUAUUGUAAUUAUUAUAUUGGAAAUCUAUACAAAACAGAUCUGACCAUUGUACCAAUCAAUUCAUGUAAUUGUUUUCCAUGUUUCAUUGACUUUUUCAUUGAUUCUUUAUGAAAAAGUUUGAUUGAAGAGAUUAACUGUUUUCACCAUUUAAUAUUGGACAAUAUGAUAUUUUAACUAAUGCAUAUUGCCUUAGCUAGGGUGAACAUUUAGGACUCAUUUUUGAAAGUGUAACUUUGGAGGGUCUUUAUAUACAUAUUUGCAAUUAUUUAAUGUUUGCAAUUCAAGAUUAAAUUAUAACUGCUUGUUAGUGCCAGUGAUGUUUGAAUUUAGGUUUUACUUGUGGCAUUUUAUAUUGAAACAUGGAAAAAGAUCUGAUAUAGAAUUGUAUACAACUGUAUUUUUAUACCCGUACUUAUGUAAAUACUUAAAACUCACUUCUUAAACAAUAUAAACAUUAGAA